AUGGCAGAAUUAUCAACUGAAGAUAAAGAUUUCCUAGCUCAGUGUGAAGAGGAGUUUAAAGACAGAUUUACUGAAAAAGAUGAAGAAUUUAUGAAAGUGUUCAAUGCAGAGCCAAGUGUGCCUCCUAUUUUAGAAAAUAACUGGCCUUCUAAUAACUCAAGACGGUAUGAUCGCCGCAAUAAUAGGCGAUUUAACCCUUACGAUAGAGAUAGAUAUAAUAACAGAGAUAGAAGAUAUCAUGAGAGAGGCUCCAGCGACAGUUACCAUGAUAGAGGAUCUGGUGAAAAUUAUAGUCGAGGUUAUAGUGAUUAUCAUCAAGAUGAUAGAAGCUAUGGUAACCGAUAUGAUAGAAGACAAUAUUAA